AUGCUUCGUAGAGGCUUUUGCCGCAGUAUCCCGCUCUUGGGACCCACCUUCACAGAGCUUGUGGAGCGCCUGGACUCUUUUGAGAAGGAGUUCAUUGAGUGGAAGGCGUUUCGCAAAGCGGUGGAAUCAACGUCGCCGAAGGUGACGGAGGCGGCGAAGGAAAUUAUUGCGGAGAGCAUGGAGGAGGUGAAGACGAGCAAGGUGAACUUGGAAAACCCGCUGACGCCUGAAGAGUUCACAGAGUUGAACCAGUUCUACGCCAAGCAGAAGGUGAAGGAUAUAUUCUUCGAGAACUUGCUCUAUAUCAACACACCGAAUGAUUUGAUGCAGCAUUCGGAGAUCGUUUUUCGCCAGUACCUUGUGCGGAUUGCCCGUCGCGUACGUCACUUGAGCCAUGCACCGUACGGCCUAUCACAAAUGCCGGGAAUCCAAAUGUUGAAGAAGUGGUACCAGUGGAGUUUUCACGACGUUCGUAGCACUCCAGUUCCAACGACCCGAGAUGGAUGCUUCCGGUGCGACCGCAUGGUGCGACGUGUUUUCCUCCGCCACUAUAACGUGAGCUCUCUCAUCACCGAUGGUAUGGUCGAGUUUGCCAGCCGCGAGGGAUGGACGCAUGUAGACGAAGAGGUGAUGCGCACGUAUGAUGAGCUGCAGGCCUUUUUCGAGGCAUUUUGCCUGGGUCGCGUCCGUCUUCGCUUUUUGGUAGGCAAUUACAUGUAUCUUUCCACCAAAAUCCUCGGUGUCUCGAGGGAGGAGUACGCCGUGAACGAUCCGGACGGGCUCACAGUGCCCAUCUUUUUCGACCAUAAUGCAGAUGACUUUGUUGGGCAGAUCUGCAAGAAAUGCUCUCUCUUGGUCCUCACAAAGUGCGCGAUCAAGGAAGCACAGGCUAAUUAUGAUGCGGAGAUCGAGCUAAAACUGGCUGGGGAUCCUAAUUUGGUCUUCGUCGGGGUACCGUAUAUCACGUACGACAUCAUUUGCGCGAUGCUGGAGGACGCUGUUUCUGCUAACGUAGAUCGUCAGGAACAGACAGGCAAGGCGUGCACGAACAUUGAAGUCACGCUUGCGCAGUGGCCGACAAACAAGCGCUUUGUUCUGCGUAUAUCGGACACGGCGGGCGGAAUGACCUUACGCCAGGCUGCGAAGCAGCUGUCCUGCUGGUCUCUUUACAGAAACAUUCAGGGCCAUAAUGAGGAUACGAUUUCAACGUGGACGUCCAGCCCGAUUCGGCUCCCCUAUGCGUACAAUGCCGCGCGCGUGAUUGGUGGGAACAUCACGUUGGCGUCCAUUGAAGGCUACGGGACAGAUAGGCAGCUGUAUCUCCCUUCUACCGGACUUGCUGGUGUGUCUCUAUGA